AUGGAGCCGCCGCCAGGAACCCCGGCCGAGGCCCAGCCGGAAGCGGAGGAGGCUGCUGCCCAGCCGGCCAAGGCGGUCCCGGCCCCCGCUGCGGCCGCCCGCGGGAAGACGCGAGGCUCGGGCGGGCGGCGAGGCGGAGCCAAGGCGCAACCGCGCCUCCGCCGGACCGUCACCGUGGACAGCUCCAAAGCGCGCACCUCGCUGGAGGCGCUCAAGAGGAGCCUGCGCCAGUUGCGCUGGAGGGAGUUUCCAUUUGGUCGCCGUUUGCCCUGUGACAUCUAUUGGCACGGCGUGUCGUUUCAUGAUAAUGACAUCUUCUCGGGCCAAGUCAACAAAUUUCCAGGCAUGACUGAAAUGGUGCGGAAAAUCACCCUGAGUCGUGCUAUGCGGAUGAUGAAAGACCUGUUCCCUGACGAGUACAACUUUUACCCUCGUUCCUGGAUCCUGCCUGAGGAGUUUACCCACUUUCUCGCAGAGGUUCGUCUGAUGAAGGACAGCAACCCUACCCGGAAGCCCACUUUCAUUGUGAAACCUGAUGGGGGUUGUCAAGGAGAUGGGAUCUACCUCAUUAAAGAACCCAGUGAGGUCCGCCUGAUGGGCAACCUCCAGAGCAGGCCAGCAGUGGUCCAGGAGUACGUCUCCAAACCUCUUCUGAUUGACAAGCUGAAGUUUGAUAUCCGGCUGUAUGUCCUGCUGAAGUCUUUAGAACCCCUCGAGGUCUACAUUGCCAAAGACGGACUCUGCCGGUUUUGCACGGAGCCCUACCAGGAGCCGACCCUCAAGAACCUCCACCAAGUAUUCAUGCACUUGACCAACUAUUCCCUCAACAUCCACAGUGGGAAUUUCGUGCACUCAGACGACAGCAACACAGGCAGCAAGCGGACGUUCUCCAGCAUCCUUUCUAGGCUCUCUUCCAAGGGCAUCGACACCAAGAAGGUCUGGUCUGAUAUAAUUGCGCUAGUGAUUAAGACUGUUAUUGCAAUGGUCCCUGAGUUGAAGGUUUACUAUCAGUCUGACAUACCGGCAGGAAAACCAGGACCAUCUUGUUUCCAGAUUUUAGGGUUUGACAUACUCCUGAUGAAGAAUCUGAAACCAAUUUUGCUCGAAGUGAAUGCCAAUCCCAGCAUGAGAAUUGAGCAUGAAAAAGAGCUUUCUCCAGGAGUUUUUGAGUAUGUCCCAAGCCCUGUCGAUGAAGAAGUCAAGGUGGCCGUGAUCCGGGACACGCUUCGGCUAGUGGAUCCCCAUAAGAAGAGGAAGGAAGAUAAGCUACUUCAGCCCGUGGAGCUUGCAUCCCAGGAGAACCAAGACUUCCCCGAAGAAGAAGCAAUGGACAAAUUGGAGUUGGAGCCCAGCACAGCCCCUGAAAGCAACUUACCCACUGUGUGCCUGAAGCAGGUGUUUCCAAAGUAUUCAAAGCAGUUUAACUGUCUGCGGCUGGUGGAACGGAUUGCUGUUUUGUUCAUCCGCUUUCUGGGCGUCAAAGGCACUACCAAGUUGGGGCCAACGGGUUUCCGGACAUUUGUAAGAAACUGCAAGAUCAGUAAUAGCAGCUUUUGCAUGGCGUCUGCAGACAUACUGUACAUCGACAUCAAUAGAAAGUGGAAUGGCCUUGGAGUGGACCAAAGAGAAUUAGGGAUGAGCCUGCAAGCUUUCGUGGAAGCCUUCUUCUUUUUGGCACAUAGGAGGUACAAAUCUCUCUCCCUCCACGAACAAGUGGAGCUGCUCACCGACUUCUGUGAGUACAACCUGGCUGCACUGGACGAGAAGCGCCUGGCCUGUAGCCGUGGGGUCCCUAGCGGCGCCCGGCCCUGGUCACCUGCCAGCAAGAUCGACUGCAGCUCCGGCCCGCCUCUCCCAUGCCGCCUCGAAACCACAACCCCGUUGCCCAUAAGUUUGUUGAUUAUAGAAGUUCUCGGCCCUGAGGCAGCUGGGCUCACCUCAGAGAAGAGCUUGGGUACGAAAGGCCCACAGCUGGCUGCGUGUGCUGUGGGGGGCGAAACGGGCACCCAAACACCCCACGUCAGGGUCACGGCUUCUUUAGUGUGGCUUGCCUGAUGGAGGCGCCUUCACUACAAUCUGUGCUGCGCAGCAUCCCCCUUGCAAACAAUGACUGUUAGCCACAAGGGUUGGUGAUUUACAACCUCCCCUCGAACAGUCGCUACAGAUUCCUCAUCAAUGAAAGCCAGGCACGCCAGGUGGUUGCUGGAGAAUCGCCUCACUGAAAAGAUCCAAGCCUGAAUCCUGCCUUGCUGAAGGCCUUCUGGCCUGGGAGAAAACAGCUGUCGUGCUUGGUUUGGAGGGAGGAGAUUGGGGGGGUGGGGGGGCGGAGAUGGGAAAAUUGUGCAUAGAGUUGCCACUGGUAAGAGCAGAGGAUAUUGAUUUUGGUAAACUAAAAUCCUACAUAUAUAUUUCGGUUGCCUUGUGCAGUCUCAUUUCAUUCUGAUUGGGCAGAAGGGGGCAGAACCACAGCCCCACACUUCUGGCAUGCUGUCGCUUUGCAUGCAGCAUGUCCCCUGGUUCAGUUCCCGGCACUUCCAGAUAAAGGUUCUUAGGUUGCAGAUGCUGGUGUUACCUGAAUUACUCUGGCCUGUUCCCUUUUAGUUGAAGAAAUUAUCUAGAAAUAGACCUGCAAUGCAAGAGGCGGAUAGGAGAUCCACAUGAAUAUAUACAGAAGUUUGUGCCCCAAAACACGCCACUGAGAAACCAGAAUUGAAGAAGGGUUAUAUUGAUGGAUUAAAAAUAACAAAAAUACACAUACAAGUUGCAUACUCACACAUAAAAUUUUGAGAAGCCAAGGGCAGGGGUGUCCAACUCUGGCACUUCAGAUGUUCAUGGACUACAAUUCCCAUCAGCCUCUGCAUGAUUGAUAGGGGGAAUAGGCAAGGUCAUUGAAGGAAGAGCAGUAUUUACCAAUCCAUAAGAAACCUGAGGAAGCGAGAGACAGUGACCAACACUCCUCACAGGAAAUGAUGUUGGACACCAGGAGAGAAUUCUUUCUUUCUUUCUUUCUUUCUCUCUUUCUCUCUUUCUCUCUUUCUUUCUCUCUUUCUCUCUUUCUCUCUCUCUCUCUCUCAGGAGAAGAUGGUGCUCACGGUGACAGAAAGCAACUCCACAACACAUCAAGUGUUUUGCUAGGCUGGAUUUGCCCUUGGAGCGAGCAUUAGACAAACAUUUCAAAUUUGGACUUUAUUUUUAGCCUGUUUCUCGCUUUCCGAAGCAUGUCCAAUUUGCCUUUGGUUUGAGCUGACAAUAGAAUCUCCGUGGAAUCAGCAGUUCCUUAGCACACAGAAUCCAAAGUCAGUUUCUUUCUGUAAGUGGAAAAUUGCUCUUCUUAUCAGACUGCCAGUAAAUAUAGGUCUGCUCUGGCCUGGGGGAAGUUUGGAAUGGCAGUGGUGGUUCAUCCCUUUUUACAGGAAGCCCCCCCUUGUGCCCCCCCAACUCCCUUAGGCUUGAUCUAAGCAUGCCACUGGUAAAAGAAAAGGAUUUUCCUGCAGGGCUUUCCACUUGCACAGUUGCUUGUUUAAAUUGGGCUAUUACUUGCACAAAGCAGCUAUGUGGCACACAUAGUUCAUUUGGUAUGGGUAGCGCCCUGGCCAAACAAGAUGCCACGCCAAAUGUAGUCUUACAAGUCCCAGAGGGGAUCUUUUUGGUUUGUUCUGCUUCAUCCAUUAUCCAUUCUAAACCAGGCUUAGUUUCAAAGACUAAAAUGUUAACCAUGAGACUGUCACAGCCUGCUAAAAAGCAUGAACACUGGUUGAGGCCCAGCAAAGAACUUAGAUGGUUCAGUCUAAUAGCAUAAGCUUUCUAAGAACAUAAGAAAGAGCCUGCUGGAUCAGACCAGAAUCCAUCUAGUCCAGCGCUCUGCUACUUGCAGUGGCCCACCAGAUACCUUUGGGAUACUCACAUGCAGAUACCUUUGGGAGCUCACAUGCAGGAUGUGAAAGCAAUGGCCUUCUGCUGCUGCUGCUGCUACUGCUCCUGAGCACCUGGUCUGCUAAGGCAUUUGCAAUCCCCAGCUUCCUCCUCUGUAACUCUGCAAGCAUUGGCAAUGCGUUCCUUCCACCCAUUCUUAAUUGAAUACUUUGAACUGUCUAAUCCUUUAUAGCAGAAUUCAGGCUGCAAAGAUAUUACGUAAUUGUGCUUAUAAAACCAGUGUGUAUUUUUGGAACAUGGUUUUGGAGGAGAAAGCUAGCCUGUCAUUCCAAAACAUGUGCAGUGGGUCAGGGAAAACCUUUCUAUCUCAUAUGAUAGUGGUGUGUAUUCCCCCUACCCUCACAUCUUUAACAACCAUUGAACACAGAAAUUAAUAAAGCUUUUUUUUCUUCAUAACAGUAAAAACUUUACCUGUUGAAUUUCUCCAGUUCAGACUGCCAUUGAAAGCCCAGGGGGAUAAUGAAGCAAACCUUGGUCAUUUGCUUGUGAAGUUGUCCCACAGUUUUGAUUGGGAAUCAUGCAAGCGCAACUGCUGAGCAUGCCAAGAAAUUAGCAAGCGUUCGUGCAAAGUAGGAUGUAUAAUAUGUGCUGGCAAUUACUGUAAUUAGAUCAGGUUGUUAAUUGGUACCUAGAAGAAGGAGGCAUAGGAAAAGGAGCCUCCUUUUAUAGUGUCAUCAGUGGCGGGGUGAGGAGGAGAGGGUAAUUAUUAGGAAUGCCAGAUCCCAUACUGGAUUCGGUUAGAAGUUGUGGUUAGAGGAAGGAGAAUUUCAUGUGGUUUAGCUUUUUUGUUAGUGAAAGCUGUGGAAGGACCAGUUGAGACAGCUUGCCGUUUUCCCUUCAGUACAACUUUUCAGUGACAUGAGAGCCGUGGCAGUGACAGUUUAGUUUAAGGGUGGAGGCACAAAGUGCCCCCCACAGAGGAUGAUUUUGGUGCCUACUUUUCAGGAGGUUUCCCCUAUCAUCUAAGGACACUGGGGAGGGUAGAGGGAUAGAAACAUGAGCAGCCCCUCCAGGUGUAUUGGGGAGGGGGGAAUGGCACCUGGGGACAACACCUGCUCUGGGUGCCCCCCCCCACACUCAGGGGCGGGACUCGGGGGCGGGGGCAGCUCGGACGGGCACCACAGUGGCAGCAGGCCAGCAGUGCCCCCGAACCCCGCCCUUGAGGGCCUGGAGAGGGAAGGAGGCAACUCGGACGGGUGCCACAGCAGUAGCUGGCUCCUGGCAGCAGGCCGACUCUGUCUUUAGGUGCUUCACUGCGCCAACCCAGCUCUUCCUGGAAUAAGUCACUCGUGGCCCAUAAUAGAUGGUUGAUUAUCAACACUCUUUAGCCAGCUUUGCACCUGUCCCAAUUUGUACCUGUCCCAUUUUGCUGCUAGGCCUGAAUCACAUGUGGAAAAGUGUAUGAAUGAUCAGGAAUGUGCAACAGAAGAUGACUCCCUCUUUAAAAGUCCCAUUUCAUGUUUACUUUAAGGGUGAGCAGGGAUCACCUGGCUGUCAGUAUGGGUCUAGAGGUACUCUUAUUUACAGGAAGAUACUACUUUUUACCUGAUUCUUUAAGACAUGAGUAUACUUUAAAAAUGUAGGAAUGGGCAGAAAUGUUUAUUACACUCUGUUUAAAAUUUAGUUGAGCUGCUAAAAAUGAGUUUAAAUAAGUCAGGGCCUGCGUCCAGCUGCUAUCUAUCUCUGCUCUAGAGAAAACCACGAUGCUUCUGGUUUGCACUCCUUUUAAAGAUGCUUCAUCAGUAUCUUUCUGAGGAGGUGUCUCAUAUGGUUCCUUACUGUGCAGAAUUCAGAUUUUGCAGUAGGAAUAAAUAUAUAACAGGGGCUGAUGCGGUGCAUCCCAAGAUGAACAUGAGAGAAUUCUUGAGUGUCUCGACUUGUGGUUUGUGUUCUUAAAAGCAAGCUGCUGGCCCUCCCAACUGAGAAUUUACCCUAGAAAAUGUGUGGGGAAUCCCAGCAAAAUCCCAGCAUAAUAAUACAUGUAAUCCAUAUUUAUUUAUUAAAAUAUUUCUAUUCUGCUUUUACUCUUGGCUGAAGGCAGCUGUGGAAAAAAAGCAAAACCUACACUGAUUGGAAUGUCCUCACUGUUCUUGUGUGACCUCUCUGAUGAUAAUAUAUCCAUAUGUGGCGUGAACAUCUUGAGAAAGUACUGGAACUCAGUGUUGUGUGUGAAAGCAAGCACUGAUAUGAACUCGGCAAAGACUGAUGGCAAACAUUCUGGAAUGUUUAAAUAUUCACUGAAUAUUUGCCAGUCUGUAGUUGAUAUCUGAUGAUAUUUCAUUUCUGGGUUUGAUGACAGCUGAAAUUGGACUGUAUUUGAUGGUUGGUAGGCAAUGAGAUUUAGUAUCUGUCAGCAACUGAUAAAUAACAAACCACAGGGGCUUUACAUUUGUCAAGUUAUGAGAGUCCAGCUUGGGUGCUUUGAUUUGUGCAAGCAAUCCCGGGAUGCCAACAAAUCUGAAGCACUCAGAUUUCAAAAUAAAACAUUCACAUUUGUGAUGUGGGUUCAUGUUUUUGCAUCUGGAACUUGAUGUGUGUUCAAACUGAAUUUUCUUUUUGUGAGAUCAGAACAUUCACGGAUGUUUGCUUCUGCUUGAAGUGCUGCUAUCCAGCCUGUUGAUCAAGCAUGGAAUAAAACACCAUUGUUAGGCCUUUGAGCACCAGCAUGGAAAUAUGUAUCUUUAAAUCCCCCACAGACUGCAUUAAAGUUGCCUUUCACUCUC